UUAUGAUUUUAUUCGGAGGAGGGACUUCCUUCAGAGUAGCAGUUGGAUGGCAGGCAGCUGCUGGGCUGACACGUAACUAAAGUUAAAGGUGUUAUGGAGGCCUUGUCGGGUACUUGAGGUCUUACUUUUCCCUCAGGCGUUUCUGAAUUGCGUCGGAAAAGUGAAGUGUUGCAGGGUGAAAAGAAGAGCAAAGCAAGCGGGAGUCGUCAGCCUCGGUUUGACCUGCAUUUCAGCAGCGCAGAGCCGGAGUUUGACGUGAAGUCAAGGGAAAAUCUGAGCGGUUACUUUGAAGUCACAGGAAAGAGUCGCGGGUGGAUGUGGCUAUGCUAAAGUAAUGUUUACAUGGGCAGACGUUAGCACUUAAACCGUGUUUUCUGCUUGGAAAUGCUCGGGAAGUGACAGGAGAGGGGUCCCUUCAGUCUUCACUGGGAGGUACAAAGUUGAGUCGGAAGUUUCCAGCGGCAGAGACGGGGUUUUCUCGCGCAGACAGCGGGGAGGGGUACGGGUCCAACAUGGGAAACGGGGUGUGCUCCCGGAGGCAGCGGAGGAUCUUCCAGUGUCUCCUGCUGGUCACCGUGGUCUGCGGGAUGUUGUACGGGGGGAUGAUAUCGUAUGAGAUGCACAAACAGCUCAAGAGGACUGAGGCGAUGGCACUGAAGUACCAGCAACACCAAGAGUCACUCUCGGCACAGCUCCAAGUGGUGUAUGAGCAUCGCUCCAGGUUGGAGAAGUCUCUUCAGAAGGAGAGGCUGGAGCACAAAAAGGCCAAAGAAGAUUAUCUGUCUUACAAACUGGAAGCACAACAGUCACUCAACAAGGAAAAGCAAGACAGCAUCAGCAGAUACAAUUCUCUACAAGUGCAACACCAGAUGCUGAAGAACCAGCAUGAUGACCUAAAGAAGCAGUAUUAUGAGCUGCAGGACCAGCACCAUGUCGAAGGUGAGGACCACAACCGGCUGCUGGAUGAACACAAGGAGCGCUACGAGAAACUGCAGCAAAUGAAAGAGGUGGAAAUCUCCCAUCUCAAAGAAAACGUAUACAACCUGAGAGAGGAAAACAAACAGCUGAGGAAAGCCCAUCAUGAUAUUCACACACAGCUGCAGGAUGCACAGGUUCGCCAUCAAGACCUGAAGACAGCCCAUGACCAACUUGCACUGACGCUGGAAGACCACAAGAGUGCGCUGGCUGCAGCUCAGGUGCAGGUGAAUGAAUACAAGCAGUUGAAGGAGUCCCUGGACAGGGCGCCCAGUCAGAGACAACCUGAACAAAAACAUAUUCCUCAGGAGCAACAACCAGCUGCCAUAGCACCCGAGUCCCAUGUUCAUGAAGGCCAGCAGGUCACAAUACUGGAGCAGCUACACAAGCAAGAACCUGCUCAUGAGGAGGAUCACCAGAAUCACCAGGACACUGAGUCCAGGUUGGGUCAUCAAGAGGAGGAGGUGCAUGUCCAGUCCCAGCACACCUUGUCAGACAAGGAGGAAGAUGGAGAGGGAGAGGCAGAGAGGAGGAGGGAGCUGGCAGAGGAGGAGAUGGCUCAAGCAGGACAGCCCCAGAAGCUGGAGGAGGACCCGGACCAACCACAGGAUGAGCAGCAGGAGGAAGAGGAGGAGCCAGAACCAGAACAGCCGGACGAGAACAGACUGGGCCGAGAGAGGCGCCAGGAACAGCCGGGUUCCCAUCCAGAGCUGCAUCCCGAGGCCCAGCUGCAGCACGAGGCGCACGCCCAGAUGGAACAUGUGAAGUCAGCCUACGAGCAGCAGCAGGAGCAGCAGCGGCUGGAGGCUCGACGGGCUGAGGAGCGCCGGCAGAUCCAGAUGCGUCAGGAAGCUUUGCAGGUCCAGAGAGACAGGGUGCUGAAGGAGAGGGAGCAGAGGCUGAAGGAGGAACAGGAGAGAGAGCAGCAGCAGCACAGGGAGGCCGACCGACGGGAGCAGCUGCUGAGAGAGGAGCAACAAAGGAAGAAGACUGAGUAUGAAAAUAUGGACAAUGAUAUUGUUCAAGGAGAAGAGGACCGUCACGCUGGGGAUGAAGAGGAGAGGGCGGUUCAUAUGUUACAUGAAGAGGAGGAGAAACAAGAAGUGGAUCACAAAGUGCCACCACAUCCGCAGGGUGCUGUAGAUGGCGAGCUGGACCCCGAGGACGACCCCAACAACCAGGGAGAGGACGAAUUUGAGGAGGCUGAGGAUGAGCGACCGCAGCACAGGGUCGCAGAAGAGGAAGAGGAGGGGGUAGAGGAGGAAGAGGAGCCGGCAGCACCAGCCCAGCACAGAGACACACACCAGAGACCCGAACAACCCGCUGUGGAGGAGCAACUGGUGAUGGCUGGAAACCCAGAUCAACAGGAAGACACGCUGGAUGACCAGUACCAGGAGGACGUCGAGGAUGAGGCUCAGGAGGACAUAGCAGGUGGGCAGAAGAGAGAGGGGGUGGAGGAGGAGGAGGAAGGAGAGGAUCCAUAUAACGAGGAGAACAUAGAACAGGAUGAAGUAAAAAACCAGGAGGGACCAAGAAAGGAGGGGGAAGAGAAUUACGAAGAGGAAGAAGAGGCGGCAGAGGAGGAUGCGGCCGGUCGAGGCAAGGGAACCAAUCGGAGGGCAGAGAUGUAAACUGGACACAGACUUUGACCAGUUGCAGGGCUUUGUUGGCUGCCCUUGGAGCCUGCCGGGUCUUUCUUUCCCUUGUUUCCCAAAGGAAUAAAACCAUCAAUCCAAUCAGGAAAACUGGGAUAUUAUUGCCUGAAAGAUGGGAUGCUAUUCCAAACAGGAUGGAACUGAACAGCCUACACUGUGGAAUCUGUUGGGUGGAAAUCAGACGCAUACUGUAUUUUUAUUAUUAUUAUUUUUUUUUAUUAUUAUUCAUUUUCUUUUCUUGUCUGCUCACACGUCUGCCUGAUUGCCUGAUCAGUUUUGUGACAGCGGAGAGGCAGAGAAUGUAUUUUCAUCAUCUGCUGUCUUUGAGUAUGUGUAAAGAAAGCAAAGAUAAAUUAUGUUAUUCUAAUGUCCUCAUGUUCAGGAUUUAUAUGUAUGUUUUAUGCAAACCGUAUUGUUUGUAGAGCUCAAAUUUUUAAUUUACGUCCUGUCAUUCCAAGUCGAUCAAGUUGUUUUCCGUUAUUUAUUGUUGAUUGUAACAACUCUGACAAUCAUAAAAAGGUGCAACAUGUUCUUGUCUUUCCCCUUACUGAACUGGUUUGUUUCAUGAUGACUUUUACAUCUGCAUGGGAGUGUUUUCACUGGUUACCUCUGAAAUUACCAAAUGCCAAAAGAGACAUUUAUGAUAAAAACAUUCUGUGCUCAAAGUGUCACACUGACAUGUGCCUUUCCAUUCUCGGAAACUUCCUCUGGCUCACCAGUCAUUUUACAUUUGUAAAUUCAUUUCAGUAGAGCAGGAGAGUAGGACUCUGUGCACGCCAGUCAGUGCUGAACUCUGUGCACGCCAACAGUGCUGCAAAUUGCUUCAGCAUAGCCUUAAACAGUGGACGCUCUCUCUCUCAUGUCGACUGCUGGUGUGAUUUAAAUUCGCGAACUUCAUGCAAUUUACUGCAAAAUCUUUAGUCUACUGUACAAUGUGUCGUAAAAAUAAAUGCUGACAAUUUGUACAUUUUUCCGCCAGUUAGAUUUGAUACAAAAAUUGUAUUGAUGAUUGUAUUGAACCGUGUGUGUGUGUGUGUGUGUGUGUGUGUGUUUGGAAUAAAGGGGUCAGUUCUGUA